UGCUUUGUAGAUGUCAUCGUUACUAGUGUCUAUCAUAUCAAAUAAAGAAGUGAGACAGUGUCGUUGGACUUAUUACAGUCCGUUGACGACCCAACGUUUAAGUCGGGAGGCGUAUUUAAUUUACAUCUUCUCACGUGUGUAUAAUAUUUUUUAAAUUUCAGUUACAAAACACACGCUUAUCAUUGAGACGAUUAAAUUUGACAUUAAAGAAUCCUACGUACAUUCUAACAUUACAUUAGUAAAUCGUCAAACACAAACAAGUUAAAAUAUCAUAAAAUUUUUAAGUGGACUUCUUAGUCUAUACGAGUAAUGGCAUUAAAUCAUCAAAAACAUUCAGAAAAAUGGUGGGAGACAGAGUAUAGUAGUAAUAUUCACUCGUAUCUGCAAUGUCGUGAAAUUAAGUGGAGAAUGGUAUACGGAGCAAGAUCCCCCCAGAUUCACAUGCGACCAGUUCUAUUAAAAACAAUUAAAAAUAUUUCAAAAAGAUGUGAAAUGUCAAAUGUAAGUGUUCAUUUGGCAGUUACAUUAUUGGAUUUUUUCAUGGAUCAUCAUGAUUUAAAAUUUGACACGAUUAUGCUAGUUUCAUUUGCUUGUUUAACAUUAGCUGCCAAAAUUGAAGAACACUGUUUAAGUAUACCAAAGUUGAAUAGUAUGCGAAAUGUCAUCAGUAAAGAUGUUACAAAUUCCCAUUUCCGAAAAGUGGAAAUGAAAAUUUUGAUGUUCUUUGAUCAUAGUAUUACAGUGCCAACAGUGGCACAUUUUAUAGAAUUUUAUAAAGAAUAUUUUUAUACUGACCGAGAUUUUAGUAAUCAUGCUGUACCAGAUAUGAUGAAAGAAAAAUUCCAUUCCAUGAUACUGUUUUACCAAGACUUAUCAUUAGAAAGUACCAAAUUGAUAUCUUUUAAUCCUUCUAUGGUAGCUGCCAGUAUAAUUCUGACUACUAGACAUACAUUAGAAAUAGUACCUUGUUGGACUGCAAAAUUACGCAAUAUAACAGGGUAUUUGAAAAAAGAUUUAGUGAAGUGUUGUUCUUUAUUAGGAAGAAAUGUGAUGCAGCAUCGAAAAUAUGUGGCAGUAGAUGAAGGAUAUCGAAGUUCUUCCCCUGGUUACCAACCAUCACCUAACAUGGCUAAUAAAAAGAGAAGAAGUUAUGUUGAUGCAACUGAUGUUGUUUCAGCAAAAAGAAUGGCAUUCUAAUUAUUAAGACUGUGAUAAGUAAUAAAUUAAUUCUUGAUUUUCUAUCUUGUGUAAACAAGGUACUAUAUCAAAUCUUAUAUUUUUUAAAAUUAUUUUUCUUAUUAAACUAAUAUAUUGUGAUAUUUAUUUCUUUAGCUCAAUAAUGAGACUGAUUUUUUGUAUUAAAUAGUUUAUAAAAGUCGUUUGUGUUAUUAUAAGCUAAUAAUAUUUUAUAUUUUAUUUAUUUGCUUAAGCAGACGUAUAGUUUAAUGUAUGCGAAAAAUUUAUUUAUUAUGGAUUUAUUAUUUCAAAUAAAAUGGCAAAAUUUAGUUUGUUA